AUGGCGUCGGUUACGUCACUGGACAAGGACCUGCGCAAGAUGCGCCUCGACAAAUACACCCCAGGCGCUGCUAAGGAAGUCCGGGAAUGGAUUGAGUCGACCUUGGGCCGUAGUCUACCCGCCGGCGACCUUCUAGAAGCACUCAAAGAUGGCGUUGCGCUUUGCAAUCUCGUCAACCUCGCCCUCCCAUCUCCGGGCAUCAAGUUCAAGACCUCAUCGAUGCCAUUCGUCCAGAUGGAAAACAUCUCACACUUUCUCCGCGCCUGCCAACAACCGCCACUCAACCUACAGCAGCACGAUAUGUUCCUUACCGUCGACCUCUACGAAGCCAAAGAUCCCGCUCAGGUCCUGCAAUGCCUGGGUGCGUUUAGCCGCGCCGCCAAUGCAGCCAACCCAUCCGCAUUCCCCACCACCAUCGGUCGUUCGCGCGCGGGCAGUGUCUUGAGCCCGCAGUCUACAGGCCCAGUCCCAUUGCGCGGAAGGGGUGCCUCGAACGCGAGCAACGGCUCCUCUGUCUACGGCACCGGCAAUCGACCUACCCUCACGGCGACCAAGACGGGAGACUCUGGGUCCGGCAGGUGGAGCCCGACAAAGUCCCCGACUUCGACUAGCAGCUGGAGCAAGCGGGAGCACGAAGGGUCGACCUCGCCGGCCUGGAACAUCGCCCAGUAUGGGUACAUGGGCGGGGCAAGCCAGGGCAACCUGGGCAUAGCGUUUGGUGGCAGACGACAGAUCACGAGCGCGGGGCCGCAUGUGCCAAACCUGGCCGAGAAGGAGCGUCUGCGGAAGCUGCGCGAGGCGGAGGCAGAGCAGCAGCGGGCGCAGAUGGAGGAGGAGGAGCGGCGGCGCAAGGCAGACCUCGAGGCGGAGGAGGAGCGGGCCAGGAUAGAGGAGGAGAAGAGGUGGGAGGAGGAGACCCGGCGGCAGCGGGACGAUGAGGCUCGCCGGGCAGAGGAAGAGAAGCGCAAGUGGGAGGAAGAGGAGCGGCAGUGGAGACUGGCAGACGAGAAGAGGCGAAAGGAGGAAGAGGAGGCCGAGAGGCGGCUCGCGGAGGAGCGGUCGCGGUCCCGCAGCAAGAGCGAUGCGCGGCUCAGGGGCCAGUUCCUCAGUCAGUACCAGGCCGAGCAUGGAAUCAAGCCCCAGCGCACGGGCGAGCAGGGGGACGAGUACAGGGCGCGCAUCGAGCAGCUUGAGAAGGAGCUGGAGCGUGCACGUCAGCGGGAGCAGGAGUACGAGCGUGAGCGGCAGGGACGGCCGCUGCCGCAACCUUCGGCCGAGUCGCCGUCCAAGUCGAGGGCGCGCUCACGCAGCCGGCCGGCAGCUCCAGCAGGCGCGCCAAGCCGCCAGGACUCGUGGUCGAAGGACGAGCGAGAAGUGCUCCGAACGGCCUGGGACCGGGAGCAGGAGAUGAAACCGUCGCCACUAGGCAAGCCGCAGAACGCCACUACGCCAAGGCCGCUCCCAGAUCCGGCAACUGCAGCCGCCGCAAAGCCGGAGCCACCCCCACCAAACAAGCUUAGGAAGCAGCGGACUGGCGAGCCGAUCAAGCAGCACCGCACGGGCGAACAGCAACAGCAGCAACAACAACAACAACAACAACAGCAGCAGCAGCAGCAAGUCAAGUCGCACCGGACAGGCGAGCAAAAAGUCCCACCACCAAAGCCGAUAAAGCCUCAGACCACGGGCGGGUCGUCUAGGCCACUUCCCGACCCCAAGGCCUACUCGAGCCGGACGGACCAAUUCCUGUCGAGCAACCCUGCACCGGCGGCUCAGCCGACGCAGCCGACGUACUCGCGCGAGCUCGGGGCCACGGCGGAGCGCGACGGCGAGGACCGGCGCCGCCAGCAGGCGCAGCAGCGCACCAAGGCGGGCGGCUGGGCGUCCAAGUCGCUCCUGGAGCGCGAAAUGGAGAUGGAGCGCCAACGCCAGAAGGAGUGGGAGGAGGCACAGCAGGAGACGGCCAAGGCCAAGCGGCCGGCCGACGGCGCCGUCGACGGCAUCGGCGGCGGCGUAGGCGGCAGGUGGGACGUCGGACAGUGGUCCGGCUACACGGGCGGCGACAGCCAGAACCGCGGGCAGCAGGGCAUCGGGGCCGGGAGGCGGCAGAUUGAUGACGACGAGGAGGGGUUGGCCCAGACGGAGGGCUUCUGGCAAGAGUUCUUCCUCUUGAGGCCGGACAGGACGUCGCUGCGUAGGAUACUCGACGAGCUGGGUCCCGAGGAGCUGCUGGAACGCGAGGAUGUAACCAGGGAGCUCUUUGCGCGCGCCAUCGCGGCCAUGAAGAGGGGCUCCAAGGGCGUCGCGGACGUUCACGCGCUCGAGACUCUGUGCACCUUCUUUAUAGCGGUCGUCGCCAAAAAGUACACCAACCCCACGUCCGACAUUAUAGAUGUUCUUGCGGGGCUUGACCAGGCAGAUCAAGUGUUUUCUGACUUUGUCGGCGCGUUGGAGGGGUUGAUUCGCGCAGGGAAAGAUGUGGAUACCAGGGGUUCUGCUAUCGACCUGGCGUUGGCCGUCACAUCCGGCGCAUACCAGACCAGCCUCUUGACCUAUUUUAUUCAGAGGGAUCUUUUCCCGGCAGUCAUGAAGUACAUUCACGACGUCGAGAAACCUGCCGACGUCGUCGGCCCUUUCUGUCUCGUGGGCCUCCUGGCAAACUACAACAAGUUUGAGUUCCAGAACCCGUAUCAGUUAAGGCUUAACGAUUUUGUCAAUGAAGCAACUAUCCAAAAGAUCUUGCGAGGGGUGGGUAAUGGCUGCCAGCAGCUGCGGGAUCAGUACACAGAUAUACAAGAAGAUCACCCGGAAGGAUGGUCGUUAUCCUACGCCUUCAGCAUGAUAGGGUUAGGAGCGAUAACCCCAGGCGGCAAACCUCCACCCAAACCGACGUAUGACGCCGACACGGCAAAGAAGAUGUUUGCUGCAUUACCGGGCGAACGAGCAGCCAUGUUGCUUGCCACUUAUGACUUUGCUCACGCCAACAAGCUUUUCUGUUUCAAUUUGGUCACACUCCCGGCAGAAACCAAAGGUGGAGAGACGCCGUUUGCGAGCUUCACUUCCCUAACAUCAUAUCUCCUUCAGCAUGCACACCUUACAGAACGCGCGACCGUAUACAGCCACCUCAAUCUGAUGGUGUUUCGCCUGCUGAUCGAGGAUCCAACGCUUUGCAAACGCAUUUGCAGCGAGGAAAAGGAUGCUCAGAUCGCAGUACGGCUAUGCCGGCAGCGACAACCGCACCUCCCCCUCGUAAGAGGCGAGAGAUCGGCCGCAGCUGCGGUCAUGGACACCAUGGUCGACGGCAUCAACCACAACCUGAGGCGGCGGCUUGAUUCGGCGCUGUACGCACUGCUGUUGGGUAUCCUACUCCGGGUCAUCAGCCACAUGUCGCGGACAAGGACGCGCCUGCAAUAUCAUUGGUCGGAGCUGUUCAGGUCGCUGCUCUCCCUGGUGCGGUUCCUGACAACGUACGCGGCCGACCUCAAGGGACUGACGCACGUCGAUACGAUAUUGGACCACGUGGUCAACCUGCUCGCCCUUGCUCUGAGCAGCGGAGAGGCCUUCCUCCCGAGCCCGGCUGCGUACGACGACCUCUUCUACAAGAUUGUCGAGUCUGGCGACAUGCUGGUCAAAUUCAGAGACACGUAUGGCCUGGCGAAGCGCUCAGGCAACAGCAUCGACACGCUCGUGAACGUUGGCGAGCACUACAGGAGACUUCUGGCGGAAAACGGAGGGGGCAGUGGGGCGAACAACCGCGUGACGAGCAUGCAGGUCACCGAGGUGAUCAAACAAGGGUACGAGUCGCUGAGCAUCCAAGCCAAGGAAGGUCUGGACAGCUGGGAGAGGUAUCGAGAGGCGGACGAGAGGAGGUUGUUGAAAAAGGUGGCCAGGACGGUUGUGGCUGAUGUGAGUGCAAAGGUUGGCUGA